AUGAGCAAGGCACCACUACUGUCAAAAACUAUUCUUGGAGAGAUUCUGUUCCUAUAUCUCUCGGUAUCCCAAAGUGCCGUAAGUUCUGUAUUGAUAUGGAAGCCAGAGAAUGCGGAAUUGCCGAUCUUUUACUUCAGCAAAGCAUUACAGAGCGCAGAGCUUCAGUGCCCUCCCCUUGAGCAGUUGGCCCUAGCUCUUAUCACCUCGGCAUGA